AUGAGUCUGGAGCCAGAGCUGCUGUGGAGCGGGAUACUGCUACUAUUGCUGUUGGGGGCAGCAGCUGGCUUGUGUGUGCGCUGCUCCCACCCAGGUUCAAAGAAGAGCGGGAAAAUCUAUGAGCAGAGAAACCUGAAGGACAAACUCCUGCAAUUCUCCCCCAGUGCCAAAGGUUCGGAAUCUCCCAGGUACCAGAACUUCUGCAGAGGAAGCAGGCAUGGGUCCGAUGCAGCCUAUGUAGAGCCCAUCACUGCAGAUUAUUAUAACUGGGGACAGUGCCAGAAGGCCCUGGAAGAGGAGGAUGACUCCAGCUCCUACCAGAAUGUGCUCAUCUGCAAGCCGAGCAGUGCCAAGCUAGGUGAGGGGGCCGACCGAGGGGUGGGCAGGGAGAGGCCCUAUCUGGGCAGACUGAAGGCCACCCCGCAUAAAGGCAUCACCCUCAGGUGCCCAAAAGUGCCUUUGGGUAGAGCAUUGUCCCAGGUGUCCUUGGGGAUGGUACCUAAUGAGGGAGGUGCAGGUGAACUCCCGGGACCCUCCUCCCCUGCUGAGUGGACAGGGGGCCCUAAGGAAUGUCCCCACACAGAUGACGAGGACUCAGAGGACUACCAGAACUCCAUGUCCAUCCAACACUGGCGGGAGUCCAGGAGAAUUGUGGAGCUCAUGCUGAGUGAGGUGUCUCCUUCCCCAGUAGGCAGCCCCGACGAGGAUGGUAGCGAGCCAGAUUAUGUGAACGGGGACGUGGAAUCUGGGACUGCCUAG